CUGAUGUCUGCUCCUCGCAAAGACCUGACCCACCUGAGGUUGGCAGAUGCACAGAUGUGAGCGUGAAUCCCCAGUAAAAGAAUGAGUGAGAGAGAUAUACAGAGCCUGAGCAAAUGGGUUUUGGUGCUCAGUCUCUGCCUUACCACGCUGUGGGGACGACUGACGCUGGCCUCCACACAUCAUCACAGAAGCCAUUCAGUGCAAGUGGAGCCCGGCACGUGUGAAGUCAUCGCGGCUCACCGGUGCUGCAACAAGAACAAGAUCGAGGAGCGCUCGCAGACGGUGAAAUGCUCCUGUUUCCCGGGACAGGUGGCAGGGACAACACGGGCAGCUCCCUCCUGCGUGGACGCCUCCAUCGUGCUGCAGAAGUGGUGGUGCCAGAUGGAGCCGUGUCUCGAAGGGGAGGAAUGCAAAGUGCUGCCUGACCUCUCGGGAUGGAGCUGCAGCAGUGGCAACAAAGUGAAGACGACCAAGGUCACUCGAUAGCCUCUGUGCAGAGCAGCCCUGGCUGGCCAGCCUGGGCCUGGGUCCUGGUGCUCCAGGAUGUGGCCCAGUGCCUGCAGAGGUGGGAUGCUCCAGGGCUACCAUCCUGCACCCGUCAGCAGGACUGUGACAGCUGCUGGAGAGGAGCAUCUGCUGAGCCCCAGCUUCCCUGGAGGCUGCAGGCAGGGACCCCAGUGCAGCUGCCAGAACCCCGUCACUCCACGGUUUCCUCCUUUUCUGUGGACACAUUCACCAAGAAAGGGGCUCGUUUUCCAAUCCUCCUACAUAAAAUACUCCCAGAGAGCUGUUGACAAUACAGAGACAGACAGGCAGCAGGCCCCCCAAAGGGGCUUUAAUCUGAAUAGCUGAAAUCAUUGCUGUGAGUCGCCUUUCCCUAUCUCCUGAGAUGCUGAAUCCAAGUUGCAAUCAGGAAUCAGGAAGUCAAUGGUUAUGUGAAAUCCUUCCCCAUGUGGCUGCUGGCUCC